AUGCGACGUUCCCCAAUAGCAGGCGCAUCUGUCGCCACCGUCACCUGUUCGCCGGCCUCGAGGGUGCGACGCCUGGUGGACACCCUGGCCGGCGACACCCUCCUGUGCAAGUGCUACGACGUCGUGCCGGCCGUCGACGCCGAGCCCGCCGCCCGCGCCAUCGAGGCUGAGGCCUUUGAUGCCGUCGCCGGCGGGGCCGCCGCAUCCAUCGAGGAGGGCAUCGAGGCGUUGCAGCUCUACUCCAAGGAGGUCAGCCACCGCCUCCUCGACUUCGUCAAGUCCCGCUCUGGCGCCGCCAAGGCCGAGUCGCCGUCGGAGGCGCCGUCUGCCGUCAAGAAGGAGACCUCCGAGGUCUGA